GAAAUCCUUUUAGAAAACAGUAUCACACCUAAUUCUGGUCGCGUUGGUAUUCGCUAUGGUAACACAUGGGGCACUCUAUGUAACAAAGGAAUGGAUAUGAACAAUUCCAAAGUCAUCUGCCGCAUGCUUGGUUAUGUUGGAGUAAGUCAAGUGUUCACGAUUCCUGGAAAUGGUACCAUUUGGCUCAGUGAUCUUGAAUGCGGUGGAGCAGAAGACUCAAUUGUUGACUGUAGACAUUCAGGUUGGUGGAAGACAAGCAAUUGUACCCAUGACCAGGACGUUGCUGUCACAUGCAACCUAGCGGAUGCUCCUCACUUUCAAAUCAGCUCAAGUAACGACAUCACAGAUUCUGCAGUGAUUAUAAACCUUGCCAAAGCUGCUAAGCCAUUGGACGAACGAUUGAAAAGCACAUAUCAAUUUGUAGUGGAAAAGGGUCUAGAAAUACCAUCACCUACUACUUCUUGUACCAAUGCUUCCGUGGAGACAUGCUCUACCAUCACCAAAACAGUGUUUAAUGAUUCCUACAUCGCUGCAGAGCUUCCAGCCAGUCCAAAUGAUGCUAGUAGUUUCACUAUCGGUGAUAGUCUCUAUUACCAUGAUUACCAUAACAUACCAUUAGAACCCGGAUGUGUGUAUAGGGUUCACGUGAGGAUCGUUACCAUAGCAAUGGAUGGGGUAAUUAGCAACAGGGAAAAUUAUCAACUCUCUUUGAUGUUUAUAAGUAUAAUCUGUAAAUAGUUAGACGUCCACCU